AUGUAUGUGCUCCUCCACCCCGCAGUGGGGUCCUUACCUCCGUGUUCAAACAUAGAGCAUAAUGUAGGUGCUGUUGCUUACUUAACUCCUCUGGAAGGGGGAAAAAAAGAAAUCAACAAUCUUUACUUUUCCGCAGAAUUGGCGGAGGCUCGGGAACGGAAGAAUUGCAUUAGGAAUAUUUUCCGAGCAAGCGCAAAGACGCCAGAAAUGGCCGUACAACUUUUUUUUUUUUAUUUUUCCUUCGGAGCAGAGUGGGGCGAAGCAAAAGUUGUGGCCGUGGGGUACAUGUCCCGCAGAAGGACAUGUCCUCCCAUACCCGUAACGGGUAAGUGUGGCGGAAGGGUCGAGACAAUUCCCUUGGUUUCUCCUCUUUCGAGAGGGGUGUGUUCUUCGGCUGCAGCUUCAUCUAUACGUAUCGGACUAGUGUUCCCCGAAGUCGGAACCAUUGACCUUCUGAGGGGGAAGGCAUGGCGGACUUGUUAUAAUCAAAACUGGGGGGUGGGGAGCACACGUAAUUGCCAUGGAACUUGCAAAGCAAAAGAUUGCGGGGAGCGGGAGGGGCAGAAUGAGACUAGUUGUUACGGAAGCUUUUCUUUUUUGAUGGAGUUAUUAUUUGUGUCCUGUACCCCACUAUUGAAAGUUCAAUUGAGUGGUUUGAGAUGUAACUAG